CACACUCCCAUAGCUUGUGCAUUCAACAAGGAAGUAUUUUGCACCGGUCGGAUUUCUAAUGGCGUUUUACUUCAUGUUCAGGAUCAGAAAGUCGCACCUGCUAGAAAGAAGAAUGAACCCGUGUGAUCUUCUUUGUCUUCUGAUCUUCAUUACCCUCCUCUCUGGAACAUGCAGGCUCCUGCCACAGUGGUCGCACCUGUUGGAAUCCAAACACAAGUGUCGUGUUGCUUGGACCCAAGCUGCGAUAACACGGCUAUAUCACGUGUGUACAACAAGGAAGUAUAUUCUGCAGGUAGGAUGUCUAAUGGCGAUUGACUUCAUGUACAGGAACAGAAAGUCGCACCUGACAGAAAAAAGUAUGAACCCGUGCGAUCCUUAUUGUCUUCUGAUCUUUAUGACCUUUCUCUCUGGAACCACUGGGGCAAGACUGACCACAUCGCCGAGUCAAAUAACAAUCGGGGGUAGUAACCCAACAUCUCAGUUGACUGUAAGUUGCAGCCCAAAUGCACCUGGAAUAACACAAGUGUUUACCAUAGUGAUUGGCAAGAAGUCUUCUACUGGCCCUGAUCAGCCUAUUAUAGAAAUGACCAACACAGUUUCGUCAGUACAAGUAGUGGACACAAGUCUACAACAGCGGAUGACAGCCUCAGGUUCUAUUAGUGGAGCAACAAGCAACAUACAGUUCAUCCUGACAGAUCUGAGAUGUGCUGAUGCUGCUUCUACAUACUACUGCAAAACGUUAUACUUGGCGGGGUCAGCUGGAAAUGACGAGACAACAGCCAACAUCACAGCUAGAACUUACCCAGAGCAGAUAGAGAUGUUCCCUUCUCCUGACAGGGUCCAGUAUGACGAUGGUCAGCUCUUAUCAAUCAGAUGUACAGGCAGGAUCGGGAACCAGUUUGAUGAGAACAACCUCCAGAACCUGUGGACAUGGGAGUGGCGAUCUGUAAACAACGAGUUCGCCUCCUGGGCACGGUACCCAAACGACCAAAACAUCACCUACGACAGUCCUACUUCGUCAGCGGAAUGUCAAUACACAGGGGCGACAACGCUGGUUCAUACAGUCUCGAAUCUAGACAAUGGAAGACAGUUCAGGUGUUCUGUCCUAAGUGCAGACUACAGUGCAAACAAGACUGUUUAUGUUGUUGGUCAAACAGCGCCAGCACCGCCCGAUACGUCUGCAGGUGCCUCUGGGGCAAGCCUAACCGCAUCACCAAGCCAAAUAACAAUCGGGGGCAGUAGCCCAACAUCUCAGCUGACUGUAAGUUGCAGGCCAAAUGCACCUGGGAUUACACAGGUGUUUUCCAUAUCGAUUGGCAAGAAGUUUUCUACUGGGUCAGAUCAGCCUAUAAUACAAAUGACCACUACAGUUUCGUCAGUACAAGUAGUGGACACAAGUCUACAACAGCGGAUGACAGCCUCGGGUUCUAUUAGUGGAGCAACUGGCAGUAUACAGUUCAUCCUGACAGAUCUGAGAUGUGCUGAUGCUGCUUCUACAUACUACUGCAAAACGUUAUACUUGGCGGGGUCAGCUGGAAGGGAUGAGACAACUACCAACAUUACAGCUAGAACUUAUCCAGAGCAGAUAGAGAUGUUUCCUUCUCCAGACAGGCUCCAGUAUGACGAUGGUCAGCUCAUCUCAUUCAGAUGUGCAGGCAGGAUCGGGAACCAGUUUGAUGAUAACAACCUCCAGAACCUGUGGACAUGGGAAUGGCGAUCUAUAGAUACCGAGUUCACCACCUGGACACGGUACCCCAACGACCAAAACAUCACCUACGACCCUCCUACGUCGUCGGUGGAAUGUCAGUACACAGGGGUGUCAACACUGAUUCACACAGUCUCGAAUCAAGACAAUUGGAGGCAGUUAAGGUGUUCUGUCAUCAGUGCUGACUACAGCUCAAACAAGACUGUUAAUGUUGUUGGUCAACAACCACCAGGGGAAACAUCUACUUCCGAAACGCCUACAAGUGGUCAACAACCGCAACGACCUACAACUCCUUCAGAAAAGCCUGCAUGUGCGGCGUGUGUCCAAGAGAACCAGGAAUCCUCUCUUGGUGUUGGAGUGGCUAUAGGUGUGUGUGUGAUGCUGGUCGUUGAUGCCAUCUGUCUGGGUUUGGCGUUCGUCUUCAGGGACAAACUAGCAAACUGCAUAUCAGGACCAAAGAACAACAGUAACGCAGAAAAGGCAGUAUUCUCUAACAGUUUACAAGCUCCUGCCACAGUGAUGGCACCUGUUGGAAUCCAAACACAAGGUGUAGGCGAUGAGUACGAAGUACCAGUUGACAGGAAUGAUUACGAUGCCCUACAGAGAGAAGCUGCUGACGUUCCCAACACUUAUGAGAAGAUACGAACAUACCAGAAUGUUUGAAACGUUUGCUCAGACAUCAAACGCUUACCUCAGUACCCCUCAAAACCACCGAAUAACAGAACAUCACAGCUAAGCGUCUAAACAAAUCUCGAAAUCAGCUCUGACCAUAUCCGUGACAACUCCGAACACAGCUUCUACUAGGACAAAAUAUAAGCCCCCAUUAACGACCCUAAAGACUUAUUAUCAGAGAAAAACAACCAAGAAGCCAUUUACAUUAAACAGAUUCCAACCAUCCAUCAACCAAGAGUGUUUCUUAUCUCUGACUUACCUGCCAUCAACUCUUCAAAGACUCCUGUCAGACAUAAUCAGUCUGUUUAUGUGUGUGUUCACACAACUGGCUUCACUUGCAUGGACCCGAUUUGCCUUAGAUCUGCUGUGUGUACUAAACAGGCUUCUCUGCUAAAUUGUAAAACACCACAUUAGAUCUGUGUAUAUGCUUCCAUGUACAUCAUUUGCCUGAUAUCGGUCUUUGAUCCGACACCGAAACGUCGCUCCUCAAUGUAAAUAAAGAAGUUGUUCUCCCGAGUAUAUUAUCAUUACAUUAAUAAGACAGUUGAUGCUGUUUCAACUGACAAUUCAAAUAAACAAUAAAAACAUUAACGUU